AUGAGAAUUUUACAUUUGUUGUUGUUGUUUCACAGCAUCUCGUGCUACCUCUUAACUGAACUUAUUUAUUGUUGUUUUGCAGCGUCCCAUGCCAGCUCUGCAUUCAUCCCGAAUAGCAUCGAUGUACGUGAAGAAUAUGCCAAUGCGUUACGGACCGAGUCGUACAAUGAAUUUUGGACACGCGUGCUUGCAUUGUCCCAUUUAGAUUUCUCCACGUCUAUCAGCCCGAUCGAUUCCACCACUGCGGCUCGACUUCCCUCUUAUCGGCUCUUCGCUGAGCAUCUUUUGGAUCCGGACCAAGCCUCGGUCACUCGGAUCCUUACUUUGACCCAAACCCAACCUAAAACCCGUACUCUUUUAUCCGACUAUUUUUCCCAAACCGCCGAUGCUUCUCUCGUAUGUGGCCUCUUACUAAAAGAUAUCGAUAGUACACGUGUCAGGUACCGUUCUUUUAGGGCCUCGUUUCAGACCCUUGAGAUCGCUCCAUUCUCGGACGGGAAUCAAUUGUCGGGUAUCCUGACCCGUUUAAUUGAAUUCACCAAUUCUCCUAACCCAUUUAAAUCAACAUCUCCCUCUUCGAGUAAAGUUCCGUUAAUUCAAGCAGGUUGUUGUGAAUUGCUUAAACGGCUCGAGUCUAGCCGCGACAAGGCUCGAUCUAAGCUCCAGAUAGUAACCGGUUUAGAGCACGGGUCGGGCAUAUUUCUAGUGGCAUUAACAGCUUCAUUAACUAUAAUAGUUGCAUCGCAUGCUCUAGCAUUGCUUGUGGCUGCGCCGGGUCUUAUAGCAGUUUCGCUUGAGCUGGCUUCGGCCAGAAGACUUGGAAGGGAGUCGGCUCAGCUCGACGCAGCGGCUAAGGGGACUUAUAUAUUGAAUAGAGACCUGGAUACCAUAAGUCGACUCGUGGCUCGGCUGAACGAUGAGCUUGAGGACAUUUGUGCUAUGGUGAAGCUCUGGCUUGCGGGUCGAGAAGAUCGGCUUCAACCCGGCGGAGAAGUGGCGCGCCAGCUGAAGAAGAAUGAUGCUAACUUUACCCAACAACUUGAUGAAUUAGAGGAGCAUUUGUAUUUGUGUUUCAUGACCAUAAAUCGGGCCAGAAACCUUGUUGUUAGAGAAAUUCUGAAUCCGGGUCCACUUUCGAUCCGGAAAUCUGCUCCGAUCUGAUCUUUAACAUGAAUCAUAUAAAUAAAUUAAC